UUCACAGUUGGCUUGCAGGCAGACGCUGCUGAAUCCCAACUAAGCUGGCCGCUGUCCUUGCUCCGAGAGAGACAAGAGCAACCUUGCAAUGAUCUCGCUGGACUUGAAUUUCAACAUUCUGACAAGGGACCUUUCACAUUAUUUGGAAAAUCAAGUGAAAGUUGGGCUGUUCGGUUCGGGAGUGGGGUUGUCUCUGGUACUCGGCUUCAGCGCAGCUUACACCUGCUAUUAUUUAAUUUCGGUUGCCAAGAAACCUCAACUUAUUUCUGGCGGUAAGAAGUUCUACCAGUUUCUAAAGGAGCAAUGUCCAGUCGUGUCAGAGACUUACUACCCCACAUUUUGGUGCUGGGAGAGUCGCAUUCAAACUCUGCUGAGACCUUUUGUUACAGCCAAACCUGGUGUUGUCUAUAGAAACGAGCUAAUCAAGGCAGCAGAUGGAGGACAGAUAUCUGUGGAUUGGUUUGACAACGAUGACAGCCUCUUUUAUCCCGACCCCAACACCAGGCCCACAGUGCUGCUUCUUCCCGGCCUGACCGGCACCAGCCGAGAAUCCUACAUCUUGCACAUGGUCCAGCAGAGCCGGGAUCUGGGUUAUAGAUGUGUGGUAUUCAACAACAGAGGGGUUUCUGGUGAAACACUACUGACCCCGAGGACCUACUGUGCCGCUAACACAGAAGAUCUGGAGACUGUUAUUGAUCACAUCCAGAAAACCUAUGAAGUGGCUCCAAUGAUGGCUGCUGGUGUAUCCAUGGGAGGGAUGAUGCUGGCCAACUACUUGGGUCGUAAGGGCCGGAAAACCUGCCUGAAAGGGGUCAUAGUCUUCUCAGCAGGCUGGGAUGUGUUUGAGUGCACCGCAUCACUGGAAAAACCCCUGGACCGUUUCCUCUUCAACUCCUACCUCACCAGCUGCCUACAAGCUUCUGUGCACAGACACAGGCCGGUGCUUGAAAAGUGUUACGACAUUGACCAUGUCAUGAAGGCAAAGACCAUCCGAGAGUUUGAUGAGAGGUUCACCUCCAUCAUGUUCGGAUAUCCUACUAAUGAUGACUAUUACCGCGAUGCCAGUCCUGUGCACAAGCUGAAAUCUGUGCAGGUGCCAAUGCUGUGUCUGAAUGCUGCUGAUGACGUCUUUUCUCCAUCUCACGCCAUUCCAGUGGAGGCAGUGAAGCAGAACCCUAACUUGGCCUUGCUUAUAACCUGCCAUGGAGGCCACAUUGGCUUCCUGGAGGGUCUGUGGCCACGACAGAGCACUUAUAUGGACCGAGUCUUCAAGCAGUUCGCAAAGGCCGUCAUUGAAGAAGGCGGCCGACUUAAAGACCUCUCCUGAUAAGACAACUUAGAGUGGUCUUCUCAUUUCAUCGUUGUCAUCCAUGUUUUUUCACUACAUUCCAUCGUUUUCUUCUUCCAUUUCCAUCCUUUUUAUUGUUCAUUCCCAGCUCUCUAUAAUGCCUUCCUUCCUUAACACCAAAUGUUAUUCAUCUUUUUUUUUUUUUUUGCUUCCUUACCCUGUCUUGAUGCUAUCUUUGCCUUACAUCGAUCCGUUCUAUUCCUCCCACUGCCACAAGCAAAAAACAUCAUUCUUUCUUAUUUAAAGGGCAUAUUAUUAAAUGCAGUUCUUCUGUUGCAUUUGAUAUUCAGAUCAUUUUUACUCUCUAAUCGUGAACUCAAAGGUAGGCAUAGCUGCUCAUGUCAGUCCUGAAAAGUUUAAUACUUCUCAUAUUCAACCUAAGAAUUUGGUGGUAACCCCGUGCUAUUAAUUUUUUCCCCCAUCAAGUUAACUCAAGUACUGUUUCACUUAUGUAACCUUAUGUAGUUUUUAGCACUUACAUCAGUAGGACUGUAGCCCUCAGGGAUUUCCUUUAUUUUUCUGUCUCAUUCCUCCCUUUUCUUGUGAAAUUUCACUUUUAUCAAUGUGUUCUCCUUCAUUUUGCAUCGUACUCCACCUUUUAAAAGUAGAUGUUAAUUAGCUGUUAACAAAACAUAAUGUUUCUUUUGAGUUCUAAUUGGAGGUGUGAAUUAUGCUUGUGUGCUUUCUUUUAGAGAGAUCAGAAAGUUGAUUCCAUGUCUUAUUAAAUGUGAAGCUGCUGUUAGGAAACAUUUAGCUAUAAGGACUGAAAGCAGAAAAAAAAGGCAAAUAUAGAUGUACACACUUGUAAAAUAUUUGGUAUCUUUAGAUACAUAUAUUUUGGCAGUGAAAGGGGAACAUCUCAGUAUAUUUGAGGGAUUCUAAAUUUUGAAGACAUAAACAGAUUCUGUACAUUUGGUUGGCCUUUUAUCUUUUUAUUUUCAAGAAUAAAAUUAUUAGGAUAAAACCAGGUUACCAAUUUACAAUUUACCCCAGAGUUACUGCCUUGGAGGUACUUCUUGGUUGGUGCAUUUCUACUGGAGGAACUUUUUCUUGAAAUGAUGGCCUCAUUUCAAGAAUGAGGCCAUCAUUUACCCUCCAUUUUCACUCCAUCUCUCAGGAGAAAUUCUGAUGAUCAGAGUAGAAAUUUUAGUCCAGAAAAACACCAGGUUUUUUGAUGAGCGGGUGCAAAAUAUUAGUAACUGUUGGAAUACUUUCAGCAUUUUGCUUCUGUCAUCUUCCAGUUUAAAUUUUGUGUUCCUGUUUAAAAGUAAACAAUGUAAAUUCAACUAAUCUUAUUUUAUGUCAAUAAUUUUAAAAGUCUUGACAUUAACAGACAUUAAUAAAAAAAAAUCGUGGACAUAUAAAUUAGAGUUUACAUUUUGGCUUUUCUCUCAGUCAGGUCUGAUCAAGUUGGCUGUGGUCUGUCAACAAACAGAACUGUACCCAAAGGCAUAGUUCUCUGAAAUUGACAUGGGAGAAACAUUUCUUUUGAUUCUCACUAUGCACAUUAAUUUCUUUGUGGGGUUUUUUCUUAAUAUUUUUGACAUAUUAUAAUUAUAUAUGAACUGAAGGGUACAGAUUGUUCUGGAAAAAGUCCAAAAGCUAAAAAUUAUUGUUUUUAAUUUUUACAAUUUUGGGGCCAUUUCUGUACCUUGACUUGUUCUAUUCCAUUCUAUUUUCUUUUUUUUUUUUAGAUUCUGUUACACAUGUAUUCUGUACAGAAUAUAAUAAAAGAUUACAUGCUUAACCCCAAAGAGACCUAGGAGAGUCAACACUUUGCUUUCAGUUUGCAUGCUAAUUGACAGCUGGCUGUAGCUUCACAUUUAAACAAACAUGCAGUGUACCGAUGACAAUGACAAUCUACUGAUGUGAUUUUGUUUCAUCUGUGGGUAUUCUACAUGCACUUUUAUUUUAAGUUCUUCUAGCAUCACGCACAUCAAAUAGUUUUACAAAUGGAGAAUAUGGAGAAAAUUUGAUCCAUGACAAGGAAUGUAAAGUUGCACUAUUUAGUUGGUACUACCAUGCCUCUAACUGUCUAAAGCAAGGCACUUAUUUCAUCAGAGCUAUGACAGUGAAAAUCCUACAGGCUCAAUGGAGCAGAUUGCGAAUGCCAUGAGAUUUAUUUUGUGAAAAUGUUGGUUAUUUCUGUGGCUCUUUGGGCGCUUUAUACAGCUUAAGUUUACUUCAUUUUACUUCAUUUAACCCCAGUUAAAUGAAGUAAAAUGUGAGGACGUGGUUUGCACAUCGGCUGUCUGAAGUGGUGUUUGCUGCUUUACAGCAUGUGUAGCUUGUAUUGUUUCCAGUCAUUUUUGCUUUCCUUUGCCAACAAUGAUCAACGGGCUGGCUACCAUUAAUGAGUUGGCAUGGAGGAACUGAACAAUUAUGACUAGUGGCCAGAAUUUCAGUAACAAAAUGCAUGAAAAUAAAUAGACUACAUUUUCCUGUUGAAUUUUACUGUUCAGUUGUUUUGCAAAAUUAGCGCGUGUUUCUUCAUCAUCACGUCCUGUAACUGUAGCAUUGAAGGCAAGUUUGUUUUUUUUCUUUUUCAUUUAUGCUGGAUUUAAAUUUGUACAGCACACAACAGAAGACAAGUAAACUUUUGUCUAAACUGUGCAGCAAUAAGAUUUUAAGUAUAAAAUGUGUCUAUAGCAUAAGUACUACUGGAUUGACAUUAUCAUCAUUAGUGUAUUAUGCUGUACUUAUUGAAUUAUUAAACAAAGUCGAGG